GGUGCGGGCGGAGGAGCGGGCGGCGGCGACCUGGAGACCCCCGAGGGAUGGAAGCGCCGGCGCCGGCGGAGGCGGCGGGAUGCGAGGAGCUCGAUAUGGACGUGAUGAGGCCCUUAAUAAACGAGCAAAACUUGGACGGAUCGUCAGACGAGGAGCAGGAACAGAUGCUCCUGCCUGCACAGAAGCACUACCAGCUGGAUGGGCAGCACGGGAUUUCAUUCCUGCAAACUUUGAUGCAUCUUCUCAAGGGCAACAUCGGAACUGGCCUCUUAGGGCUCCCCUUGGCAAUAAAGAAUGCAGGCAUCGUGCUUGGACCAAUCAGCCUUGUGUUUAUAGGAAUUAUUUCCGUCCACUGUAUGCACAUAUUGGUACGUUGCAGUCACUUUCUAUGUCAGAGGUUUAAGAAGUCAACGCUGGGAUACAGCGACACUGUGAGUUUUGCGAUGGAGGCCAGCCCGUGGAGUUGCCUUCAGCGGCAGGCAGCGUGGGGGCGGACUGUGGUCGACUUUUUUCUGGUGAUAACACAACUGGGAUUCUGCAGCGUCUAUAUUGUCUUUUUAGCUGAAAAUGUGAAACAAGUUCACGAAGGAUUCCUGGAGAGCACAGCGUUUGUUUCGAAUAGCUCAGAUCCUCAGGCAUGUGAGCGAAGAAGUGUGGACCUCAGGGUCUAUAUGCUCUGCUUCCUCCCGCUUAUAAUUCUCUUGGUCUUCAUUCGUGAGCUGAAGAAUCUGUUUGUACUUUCAUUCCUUGCCAACAUUUCCAUGGCUGCCAGUCUUGUGAUAAUUUACCAGUAUGUUGUUAGGAACAUGCCAGAUCCCCACAACCUUCCAAUCGUGGCUGGGUGGAAGAAAUACCCACUGUUCUUUGGUACCGCCGUGUUUGCAUUUGAAGGCAUAGGAGUGGUGCUUCCGCUGGAAAACCAAAUGAGAGAGUCCAAACGCUUCCCUCAGGCACUGAACAUCGGCAUGGCGAUCGUCACAGUGCUGUACAUCAGCCUGGCCACGUUAGGCUACAUGUGUUUCCGUGAUGAAAUCAAAGGCAGCAUAACACUGAAUCUUCCCCAGGAUGUGUGGUUGUAUCAGUUGGUGAAAAUUCUGUAUUCCUUUGGCAUUUUUGUGACCUAUUCAAUUCAGUUCUAUGUCCCAGCUGAGAUCAUUAUCCCCGGAGUUACUGCCAGAUUUCAUGCCAAAUGGAGGCGCAUCUGUGAUUUUGGGAUACGGUCCUUCUUGGUUAGUAUCACUUGUGCUGGGGCAGUUCUCAUUCCUCGCCUAGACAUUGUAAUCUCCUUCGUAGGGGCUGUGAGCAGCAGCACGCUGGCUCUGAUCCUGCCCCCCCUUGUGGAAAUCCUUACAUUUUCUAAGGAACAUUACAACAUAUGGAUGAUCCUGAAAAACAUUUCCAUAGCAUUCACUGGAGUCGUCGGCUUCUUGUUGGGCACGUAUGUCACCGUUGAAGAAAUUAUUUAUCCAACAACAGGGGUUGCAUCUGGUACCCCACAGAGCUCCUCUCUGAAUGUGAACUCUUCGUGCUUAGCGUCUGGUUUGAAAUAGUGGGAGAAGAUGUGUGAGCCCUCUGUUGUCAUUCCAAUUCUAACAGCAAUUAAGAGCCAGUACAGCAUAGCGCGACACACCUAAACACAGUGCCAAACUCUUGUUUUUGUUGGCAGAGUAUUGCAAUUUGACCAUGAACUGGAUAUCUUUUGCAGCUGUGAUAAACUAUGGCAGAGUCUUGCUUUUAUCUCAUGACAAUGAAAAAUUUAAAAUUAGCUUUAAAAAUCGAAAGAAACUUAAUAUUAAAAACUUAAACAAUAAGCAUGCCCUAUUUAUUCUUUGUUUUUAUAAGAAACACUUUGAGUAAGAAUUGUCUUUCUUACCACUAUUGAGAAGAUAAAGGACUUAAACAUUAUAGAAAUCAAAUAGGGGCAUACUUCACAAAAAUCUCUCUGGAGUGUCCCACAGCAUUAAGGAAAGCUAGCCUCUUGUGUAUGGAAAUGCAUUGAUAGUGUUUUUAUACCAUGGGAAAUGCUUCUGACAGGCCCUGGAAGGAUACGAGAUUCCCAUUGGCCAUCAUGUAAGCAUUAGAAAGUUCCCAGAGCCACAAUCAUGUCAUUGUUCGGCUAUACGGCCAGUGGAGCUGCAUAGUCACUGGUAAGCACUGAGCAGGGUUCUGACCUCCUGUGUCAGUCGUAGGUGAAGAGGCCAUUAAGUUUCUGGAACACUGCUCCCCUAGUUACUGUCUUAGGGUUCCUAUUGCUGUGAUAACAACACAGGACCAAAGGUGACUUAGGGAGGAAAGGGUUUCAGUUUACAGUUCCACAUCACAGGCUAUCUUCAAAGGACGUCAGGGCAGGAACUCAAACCAGGCAGGAACCUGCAGGCAGUGACUGAUGCUGAGGCCACGGAGGAGUGCUGCUUACCGACUUUCUCCUCGUGGCUUGCUCAGCCUGUUUCUUAGAGCACCCAGGGCCACCAGCCCAGAGGUAGCAUGCUCACGACGGGCGUAGCCCUCCCACUUCAGUCAUCAUCUGUGGGAAAAUGUCCCCACAGACGUGCCUGCAGGUUAGUCUUGCAGAGGCAUUUUCUCCAUUGAGAGUCUCUUCCAAAAGGACUCUAGGUUAUGUUAAGCAGACACACAACUAGGCAGAACAGUUACAUUGUAGGAAAUGGAGUCCCAGAAAUGUGAGGUGACUUAGUCAAGAGCACUUAGCCUUGAGUCAAGAGAACCUGAUAUUUGACCCAAGGAACAGAUUUUUGUUUCUUUUUUUUUUCUUUCUUUCUUUCUUUCUUUCUUUCUUUCUUUCUUUCUUUCUUUCUUUCUUUCUUUCUUUCUUUCUUUCUUUCUUUCGUUCUUUCUUUCUUUCUUUCUUUCUCUCUCUCUCUCUCUCUCCCUUCCUUCCUUCCUUCCUUCCUUCCUUCCUUCCUUCCUUCCUUCCCUCCCUCCCUCCUUCCUUCCUUCCUUUUUUCUUUCUUUCCUUUCUUACAGUUUAUUCAUUUUGUAUCCCACCUGUAGCUCCCUCCCUCCUCCCCUCCGAAAUCCACCCUCCCUCCCUCUGCUCCACCCACACAGAUUUUUUAAAAAUUAUUUUUCGUGUCACAGUCAAGCAUGAAAAACCACAUUCAGCUUAAUUUUAGUGUAGAGUUUAUUUAAUUAUAUUUUCAUCCUUUGAGAGAGUAUGCCUGAUCUUUGAAUAGUAUAUGUGACAUGAUAAAAAUCCAGAAAAAUCCAAGAAUCCAGCCUGGUGGCUUCAUAGACCUCGAAGGAAAGAAAGGAACAUUCCCUUAAGCAGCAGGAGACUGGCUGGCUUUGGGCUGUGCUGGUCAUUGGAGGUGAGGUUCACUUAAGCAGCAGGGACUGGCUAACUGCAAUAUAGUCUAGAUACCUGACAAAUUACAGAAUGCUGGAUCUUUCUAGCCCCAUAGCAUUUCUUCAGCCUUCCAUUGAUCUGAAUGGGCAGAGUGAAGGAACCCUAAAAUGCAUGCUUAGGAAAAUGUGAAAACAAACAAACAAUUGUCUAGUAAAUACUGCAGACAUCUUCCAGAGAAAUGCCUCCUUCACUCCGUCUCCAAACACGCUAGCCAAAGCAACCAAGCUCCUUUGAUGGUGAAGGUGAGAAUUAGGGAGUGUGAAGGAGUGAGUGCACGGUCAUCUCCUGGGCCUCUCAGCCCAUUGGUUCUGUAAGAUGUUAGUCUGUAAGAUGUCACCGAGUUAUCUGUGGAAUUCUCUAUUUUUCUAUGUGAAUGUUAACGUACUCAGAUUCAGCUCCUCCUUACGCCAUUACUCUGUCUUCAAGUAUGAGCCUGUAAAUACAUCAGAAGCUUUAUUUUGGUAUGCAUUCAGAAGAACCAAAACUUUAAAAACAUUAUGUUAGAUAGUUCCAAUAAUUGCUUAUGGUAUUUUAUGUUCAAUUGUUGCUUCAAGUCUUCAGUCUUAGACAGAGAAAGCGGAUGAGGUUAUGAGGAAAGUAAUUUCAUUGGAAUUUGACUGAAAAAGAAAUGUGUUGCACAUCUCCAAAUUAUCAACACAAGAGAAGUCACAAUUCUGAGAGGGAGACAGGCUGAUGGAAGAGAAAGUGAUUUUAAUUUGUAAUGUGAAACACUGUUUAGGCACAAAGUGUAAAAGACAUGUACUCUUGUUUAAGGGUGCCUGAAGACAUAUUUAUCAUUUGAUCAUUUUUCUUUGAUACUUAGUCUUAUAGAAUUAUAUUUUAUAAAGAGUUUUUGAGAACGUAUUUUGAUUCUAGCAGCCAUUACUUUUGUUUGGGGCCUGGAGGAAGAGGAAGUAGACACACAUGUUGAACUCAUGUUGGCUCUUUUGAUCCAUCAUGUGGUGGCUGAAAUUAUUCUAGCAGUUACUUCCUGCCACUGUGGGAACGUUGCCUGAAAGCUACUAAGUUGUGUGGGUCCCAUUUCCACUGUGAAGCUGUUGCUCACCCCCCAUGGGCUAGACUCUCAGCCCUUCGCCAUUUGUCUCUGUUCCCUGACACUCCAAGGAGUGUUCGUGCCCGAGUCCACUCAUCCAAACACUGUUCCCACGUGGCUUUUUAACACAGGCCCUUUCCCUCCAUGUGACCUGGGUUUUCCACAGUUGAAGUAGGAGCUGGGAAGUUUUCUGGUUAGAUGGUACCACUUAAAGAAGACAGACCCACUUCUUUCCUGCUCUGUUCUCUCUGACUUGUCACCAAAGCUAGUUCUUAGUCUUCUUAGAUGAUGGAUAUAAUGUGUUUAUAAGCUGUUUGUGGCAGGGCACAUGUGCAUUUCCUAACAGGGUUUGGUCUUCCUUGGUGUCUAUAUUCAUGGUCCUAGAAAAUGUCAGCUCAAGUGCACACCCGCGCCAUUUCUAGGGGAAGUCUUACACAGCUGACCUGUUUCGCUCUAGUCCCCCACAGAGGGCAGCACAGUUGUCAUUUGCAGCAUACACUAGGCCCUCUCUCCAGCUCCCUUUUCUUCAGCCAAGAUGGGAAAGAUACAAACAGAGCUAAUGGAGAUAAUAAAUACAGUUGUUUUUAUAACACCAGUGGCUCAGCAGGUGCUAACUGUUGAGCAAUAAAAUAAUUUGUUAAAAUAUAAAUAAAGCAUCAAUAGUUUAUAAAAUGUUGGAAAAGGGGUUUAUUUCGAUCGGUUUUGCCCAAGCUCAGUUAUCUUCCCUUAAUUAAGAAAAUGUGAGAAAUUUGCCUAUCAAGGAUAACAGGAUGCCUCCUGUCAUUAAAUGGCCUCAUGUUACUUGGCCACAAGUGGAUCUGGAUCUGGUUGGUUUUGACCUAGCAUAUAAAAAUAAAUAUGCUUAAGAUAUGACUAGGCCUAGAAUUUAUUGUCUAAUGAGUAAAGUGACAAAUCACCUAUUCAGAUUUCUGUUAAAAUUGGUGGUUUCUACAUUUAUGCAUGGAUGUUACCCGAUAGGGACUCACAUCUGAAUCCAUUUCAGCUGCUCUACCACAGAUAGGACCAGGAUGAUGUUCACAUAGGAAAAUAUAUAUUCAUGACACGGACAAUUCAGGCUACAGGUUUUUGUUUUUCAAAAUGAUUUUGGAAGCUUUAGUGAAAGAAAAGUUCCAUUAGACUUGUGUCAUUUCUCGUAAUUUAUUUUUCUUUGUAAAAGAGUUUGAAAAAUGUCUGAAAGUGCUGUAACAUCUGAAUUGUCAAUAAAGUAUAAUUAUUUUG